ACAACUGGAGUCACCAGGCUGUACAUCAGAUCCCAGAACGUACGUGUGUUAGGUCUAGAAAGUGAUACCCUUUGACCAGCAUCUCCCUGAGUUUUGACAGAUGCAGCGUGGAGGAGAGGAACCUCACUGCGUGACACGGCUGUGCCCUGGGGGAAAUGCAGCACAAGCUCUGAGGCAGCUUUGGUGCGACAUCUCCUAAACGGCACCGCAGUCAGCAGAUAGAGACUGGGGAACAGACCAGAGAGGCAGAGGAGAGAGUACACCCAGAGCGCAGGGGUGAUGACGGUGUGUUUGGGGAGCAAACGAUCCGAGUGUGUCUCACGCAGGAACACCAGUGGGAGGGUCUCAAGAGAGAGCCUAGAGGAAUAGGUACGGAUGAAAACAGGAAGAGCUUUUAUCGAAAAGCAGUUGGAGAGUCACUAAGGAACCAUCCAAGAGUUACUGUCUGUUAAUUUCCACAGACUCUACCCUGAGGGAACUGUGCUGGAUCCAAGCACUACAGCCAACAGAUCACCCCACCCCACUACUAAACGGGAACCUUUUUCUGACAGCAUGUUAUUCUACACGUUUCCUUUCAGGCAGGAAAAAAAUCUUUGUGCCCUGAAUUCCUAAUCAAACAGAGACCUUUGACCAAGAAGGAAGAGUUCAUCAGCCCAUGUUCACAGACAAAGGUACUGCAGAUCACACAGCUAGAGAUGUGCAAAUAUCUUAUCAGGUGAGGGGGAGAACUACAGACAGGAGAGCAUUUUGAUUCUAGCAGAUCUUCAUUAAAAAAACACCCCCAUGUUUUAUGGAAAGGCGUGCAUCACAUUGGAAGAUUACUCCGCACUCACAGAAGACGUUUUAUGAGUCUCAUUCUCAGGGCAGCCUGACCCACUGACUCAUUUUGGUCCCCUACCUGAUGCUCAGCCGCCGUCAUCGCUGGCGACACUGUCUCAGAAGACGUCCUGCCUCUCAGGGCUCGCGGUCAUGCCGGAGAGAAACACCACUCUGGUCAGCGAGUUCAUCCUGGUGGGCUUCCCCACGGCCCCGUGGCUGCAGGUCCUGCUCUUCUUCCUCUUCCUGGUGGUCUACCUGCUGGUGGUGGUAGAGAACCUUGUCAUCAUGCUCACCGUCUGGGUCACUGGCUCCCUGCACAAGCCCAUGUACUACUUCCUGAGCAGCCUGUCCUUCCUGGAGGUCUGGUAUGUCUCCGUCACCGUCCCCAAGAUGCUGGAGGGAUUCCUCCUGCAGAGACGGCACAUCUCCUUCACAGGCUGCAUGGCCCAGCUCUACUUCUUCAUCUCGCUGGCCUGCACGGAGUGUGUGCUUCUGGCAGCCAUGGCCUACGACCGCUACGUGGCCAUCUGCCACCCUCUCAGAUACCCGGUCAUCAUGACCACAGGUUACUGUGCGCAGCUGGUGGCCUUCUCCUACGGGACUGGGUUCAUGAUCACAGUGAUCAAAGUCUAUUUCAUUUCGCAUGUCACUUUCUGUGGCUCCAAUGUCAUGAACCACUUUUUCUGUGACAUCUCACCCAUCCUCAAGCUGGCCUGCAAAGACAUGUCCACGGCUGAGCGGGUGGACUUCGCCCUGGCCAUCGUCAUCCUUGUCUUCCCGCUCACCACCACCAGCCUCUCCUACGGCUACAUUGUCUCCACCAUUCUGCGCAUCCCCUCCACCCAGGGCAGGAAGAAGGCCUUCUCCACCUGCGCGUCCCACCUCACCGUCGUCGUGAUUUAUUACACGGCCAUGAUCUUCAUGUACGUUCGGCCCAGAGCCAUUGCUUCGUUUAACUCCAACAAACUAAUCUCGGCUGUGUAUGCAGUCCUCACGCCCAUGCUAAACCCAUUCAUCUACUGCCUGAGGAACCAGGAAGUCAAGAACGCCAUCAAAAGGACCAUGGGGGGCGGCCAGUGCCCCCUGCUCAGCUGAGCCCUGCUGCCCUGAGGAGGCGAUGGUGUUCCAGCAAGAUGUCAUUCCCACGACACGUAUAGUUCUACGCUUUAGAAUUAAUUCUAAUUCUUUACAAAAAAAAAAAAAAUCACAGCAAGGGAAAUUUAAAACAUGUUUAAAAGCAGACAUUGCAUAUUCAAUAUGUAUAUUUUGAAGAAUUAACUAUUAUUUUACAUGCCAUAGACACUUAGGUACUAAAAUAACAGACUAUUAAAGGUAAAUAUUUAAUAUACUAAAUCUGAGUAAAUGAGUUAUAUGGGUUACUACAUGUUGAAUAUGUUUUUAAUACAUGGGAGUUGUUACCAUGCGUCUCCUGAGCUCAUACAUAUCGACUGCUGUUUCUCAGCAUCUCUGCAGAACCACAGAGUGUCCUUGCCCACUUCCAAGUUUCUUCACAGCAUCAUCUCAGUUACCCUUUCAGUCUUUAUUUCAUCGCUUGCCCGCGAAGAAACUAUUUAGAGUGAAUGCUAGGCUUUGAUUAAUAAUGUUCUUUUAAAAACUGGGCAUAAUCAUCCAAGAUGUUCAAUUAUUUGCUACCAUUUCAUACUGAACAAGCAAAAAGGCACUCUCCCCCCAAUUUUUCUGAAUUGUUGUUUUUAAAAUAACAAUUUACGGCACGGAAAACCCAGUUUCCUUUCAUUAAAAAAAACAUAAACAAUUAUAAAGUAUGAGAAAAGACUGAGAAACUGUCAGAUAGAAGGGACGAGGAGGACAUAGCUAAACAGAAUGCAGUACUUGGGACUGAAUCCUGCGACAGAGAAAGGGUGCUCAUGCGCGAAAUAGUAAAAUCUGAAUCGAAUCUGGAGCUGAGUUAAUAAAAAUGCACCAGUUUUUGAUUUCUUAGUUUUAAAAGCUGUACAUAGUACUGAAGAUGAUAAUAGGGGAAACUGCAAAUGGGUAAGGAAUAUAUAUACUUAAAGUCUACUAUCUUUUCAGGUUUUUUCUCUGUGAGUCAAAAAUUACUACAAAAUAAAAUGUUUAUUUUUAAAAAUGCAUUAUGCUAUUUAUUAUUUAUCUUUUUA